CAUUUCGAGAGCUUUAACAAGUGUGUCAGCUAUGAGGAUCUACCUAUUCUUUCUAGUUAUUAUCACUUUGGUGCUUGCUGUGUGUGGCCAAGGGCCACCGCCUAAGCCCAAUGGAAGCGACCCCCCACCCCCAGGGGGACCACCACCAGGAGGGCCACCAUCUUCAACGCAAUCAACUACUGACACAGAAACAACUGCAUCAUCCGAUUAAGACAAAAGAAAUGCAAUAACAACAACAAUAAUUAACAAUAAAUGACAGUUUAGAUAAAA